AUGCCCUACCCAAAUGGUAUUCCCGGUGUCCCCGGAUCGGCCCCGCAGCAGCAACAGCAGUCUCAAGUACAGCAACCUCAGGAUCCUUCAGCCAUCAAAUUAACUCGAGGGACCAGCUGUGUGCUUUGUCAACAGCGUAAGGUCCGCUGUGACAAGAACAAGCCGUGUGCCAACUGUGUUAAGGCCAAGGUUGAAUGUCGUGUUAUUCCACCCCAGCCUCCUCGACGCCGGAAGAAGCGUCUCCAGGAGAAGGACCUGAUCGAUCGGCUUAAAAAGUACGAAACCCUUCUCGCGGAGCAUGGUGUCAAAGUUGAGGCCAUCGGGCAUGAAUUAAGACCUGAUGGGCCCCCCGGUGAAGAUGUCGAGGAACUUGAGAACGAUUUUGAAGGCCUUAAGACAACCCCUGAAGCUAGUUCAUCUCCUGCACCGUCCAAUUCAGAACAACGGACUGGCGGCGGGGCGUGGUUUUCUUAUCACAAGGAGUUUCGAGCCAGUGAACACAUGCUGCAAGAUUCCUCUGAUGAUGAACCUGAAGUAGGCUCAAGUAUCCAUCGUGCUUUUGAUCGAAUGUUUGACACAGAUGGAUUUCCUUUCAUCGUUGGAGCUGCCCCAGUCCCUAUCGCGAAUCUUCAUCCUUCCACAAUACACAUCUUCCAGCUCUGGCAAAUAUACAUCGACAACAUUAAUCCCCUGCUCAAAAUAACACAUGUCCCUACAGUUCAAGCACAGAUCAUAGAGGCGAGCUCUGAUCUUGAAAAUGCACCAAAGAACAUAGAGGCUCUCAUGUUCUCCAUGUACCUCAUGGCGAUCACAUCGCUUGAGGAUGCAGAUGUUUACAAAAGGUUCAACGAGACCAAAAAGGAGCUCCUGGCAAGAUACCAUACUGGUACGCAGCAUGCACUGACGAAAGCCGGGUUUAUGAGGGUCAACGAUCCUAUUCUCUUGCAGGCGUAUAUUCUUUACCUCUUUGCUGUUCGAUGGUUUGUUGACCCUCGUCAAGUAUUCUGCCUCAUUGGUUUAGCUGUCCGCAUUGCCCAGCGGAUGGGACUUCACCGCGAUCCAGCCCAGUUUGGGCUGCCGCCAUUUGAGGUUGAGCAGCGUCGCCGACUGUGGUGGACCCUUGUGGGAUACGAUCGACGGCUAGGAGAGAUGGCCGGAUCAACAGUCACUGCCCUCUCGACUGGGGGUGACUGCAAGAUUCCGAUGAACGUCAACGACUCGGAUCUACAUGUUGACGGUAAAGAGUUACCCACACCACACUCUGGACCAACCGAGAUGCUCUUUUCUCUUACGAGAGUCGAGCUCGCUAUGGCGGUUUCGAGCGAUAGUAAUCGCGACAGCUACAAAAUGAACAACACAGAUAAGAGUCCUGCUGGGACACCUGCUUCCAAGAACCAAGCUACCAUCCGCCUUGCUGGUCAAGACGGCCCUGCCUAUACGCUCGACGGUUUCUGUGCACACAUAGAAGGCACUUACCUGAGCCAAUGCGACCCUAAGAUCCCCCUGCAUUUCUUUACCCUUACCAUGACUCGUCAAGCUAUGUGCAAGAUGCGAAUUAUUAGCUUCCUUGUUCGAAUGCAUAGCAAUGACGACAAUCUGCCCCUUAAAGACGUUGAACGCGACAGCCUCUUCUUGCAAGCCACGCAAAUGAUCGAAUACGACAACGUGGUCCAGUCGUCCGAGUCCCUCCGGCCCUUCAAAUGGUAUUCUAUGCACCACUUCCCCUUUCCCGCUUACAUGUUUCUUGUCCAGGAGUUGCGCCACCGCGUCUCUGGCCCAAUGGUAGAGCGAGCAUGGGAUGCUAUCGAAAAGAAUCAUGACCUCCGUGGCCUUCUCAAUAACUACCACAAUCCUAUGCAUAUGGCUUUUGGUGGCCAUUUUAUUAAAGCCUGGGAUGCGCAUGAAGCUGCCUUGGUAGCUGCUGGCAGACAAGCCCACAGACCAGCUUUCUUAGGACCUUUGCGUGAGCGUGUAGCAGCUCGCCGGCGAGCAAAGCAGGCCAAUCGACCUGUUCCAAAUCCCCCCCAGCCUCCAGUCGGCGUACCACAUUCUCAGGUCACGACGCCCUCUUCCACUGGGUUUGCUCCUUCUGUUGGCCACAUGACGCCUGGAACUGUAAACCAUGGCCAACGUGCAAACUCGGGCUCCGUUGCAUCCAGCGACGAGCCUGGUGAGAUGGACUGGACUUAUAUGAUGUCUGGUUACAACGACACUUCAAGCUUUACUCCCAUGGGCGGAUUUGGCAGCUUCAGUGGUGGCUUUGGAGGGGGGAUGCCUGGUAUGCCUGGUAUGCCACCAGGGAUGGGAGGUAUGGGGCACCCUCCGACUGGUAAUCCUCCAGGUGGUCGUAUGUAUGGUGGGAAUUAG